CAGAUUAGAUUAGAAAAAGUGUUUAGUUACUUAUUUUUUGUAAACUGAUGAUAUAAUCCUGAUUAUUUGUGAUCUGUUGCUGCCCAACCCUACCAGUGGUGGAAGACGACAAUCUUAAACUGACAGAGGUCAGUCCUGACAGCAUUUCAGAGCAAGAUUUUUCUCCUUUACAUCAUUCAGCAUCAUCAUCCUCCCUCACGGAUACCCUCACAUCAUUUUCGUCAAGUGACAAUGACCUUUCCUGUCAAAAAGAAUGGAGCGUUCCCACAGUCAGAAAUAAAUCCAGUUCUGAAGUCAUGAACAGGUCUACCACAGAUGUUUCUGACUCAGAAGCUGCAAAAGAGAUGGUAAAAAAUGCUUUGCUCAGGAAACCUGGAGGUGAGGAUGUCAUUGAUGAGUACAAGUCACAAAAUUCGCUGAGCCAACGCACCCGGAGACAGCUUGUUAACAUAUUGACUAGCCAUAUGACUGAAAAUCAUGGGCGGAUGCCUUCCCGUAAGCAGAAGGAGAAGUAUGCCCUGGGAAUUGUUGCACUCUUUCCCUCGCUGAAGGAUCCUUUUUCUCCGAAAGGCUAUCUGAAUCAAGACUUCCUGCUGCUGUUUGGAGCUGAAACAGCCUCCAAGAUGCUUGAAAAGUGGGACACAGCAUUUAGGCCCAAAGUUAUCAAAGAGGCCAAACAACUGACUCAGUCAACUGAGCUGUCCCGACUUAUGAAAGCUGCUGAGAAACUCACAGACAAUGAUGACACCAACUGGGACAGUGACAUGGCUACUCUGCUGCUCCUUCUCCAUCUCUUGCCACCCACAGCUGGACGGAAGAGGGUCAAGAUAAGUCCCAGUGAUGCAGUGGACAAACUGGUACACUUUCACAAGUCAUGCUGCAGCAUCGAUGAACACCUGCGAAGAGGAGGGGGUAAACAACCAUAUAUCCUUGCUGCUGGCCGAACCCAAAACAGGAUUGACACUUUCUACAUCGUCGUGGACAAACGGCUCAUCCCUUGCCAAGCUACCAGCUCGUUGGGUGCUUUUGAUGAACUCUUUAAAUCCCACUACGUGUUCAACCUGUCGUUUGAUGAGUCUCUGGUCCAGCUCUACACUUUUGUGCAGACAACCAUCUAUAACAUUGAUGUUACCACAACAGACGAGUCCCCAAGAAUUCGUGAGUUGCGUGCAAAACUCAUCAACUAA